GCUCCACCUUGUUUGGCCCAUGCCCCUUCCUGUCCCUCCCUGGAGGGCGGGGUCCUGUAGACUUCAAGAAGGAGUCAGGGCUCAGUGCUCAGGAACGAAGGCUGGCAGCAGAGGUGAGCUGGAGCAGAGCACACAGAGCCAUGGGGCGAGAGAAGCUGGCCCUGGGCUGGACCACCGUGGCGGCGGUGCUCCUGGUGCUGCACAUGGCCUCGGCGGAGCCCUCCCCGCAGACCCUGAGCAGCAAGGCUGGAGUAUUCGCAGACCUGAGCGCCCAAGAGCUGAAAGCUGUGCACAGCUUCCUCUGGUCCAGGAAAGAGUUAGGGUUGCAACCCUCCAGGGCACCGACCAUGGCCAAGAACUCGGUGUUUCUCAUCGAGAUGCUACUGCCCAAAAAGCAUCAUGUGCUGAAAUUUCUGGAUAAAGGUGAAAAGCGUCCUGUUCGGGAAGCCCGAGCUGUCAUCUUCUUUGGAGCCCAGGAGCACCCCAAUGUCACAGAGUUUGCUGUGGGGCCGUUGCCGCGGCCCUACUACAUGCGAGCACUGUCCCCCAGGCCUGCACGCCGGCCAUCCUGGGCCUCCCGGCCCAUCUCCGCUGCAGAGUACACCCUCCUCCACCAGGUGGUGCAGGAGGCCACCAAGCCCCUGCAUCAGUUCUUCAUUGACACCACUGGCUUCUCGUACCAAGACUGCCACAACAGGUGCCUGACCUUCACCGACGUGGCCCCCCGCGGCUUAGCGUCCGGCCAGCGCCGCAGCUGGCUUAUCUUACAGCGCUCUGUAGAAGGCUUUUUCCUGCAUCCCACGGGGCUGGAGCUGCUUGUGGAUCAUGGGAGCACAAAUGCCCAGGACUGGACGGUAGAGCAGGUCUGGUACAACGGAAAGUUCUACAGGAGCCCGGAGGAACUGGCUCAGAAGUAUGCAGAUGGAGAGGUGGAUGUGGUGAUUCUGGAGGGCCCACUGCCCAGUGGCCAGGGGGCCGAGAGCAUGGAGGAGCCACCCCUCUUCUCCUCUUAUAAGCCCCGCGGGGACUUCCCCACCCCCAUCAAUGUGGAUGGCCCCCGCCUUGUCCAGCCACAGGGCCCGCGCUACAAGCUGGAGGGCAAUGCCGUGCUCUACGGGGGCUGGAGCUUCGCCUUCCGGCUGCGUUCCUCCUCGGGGCUGCAGGUCCUGAAUGUGCACUUUGGGGGUGAGCGCGUGGCCUACGAGGUCAGCGUGCAAGAGGCCGUGGCGCUGUACGGAGGACACACGCCCGCGGGCAUGCAGACCAAGUACAUCGACGUGGGCUGGGGCCUGGGCACUGUCACUCAUGAGUUAGCCCCUGGUAUCGACUGCCCAGAGACCGCCACCUUCCUGGACACCUUCCAUUACUAUGACGCCGAUGAGCCUGUGCGCUACCCCCGGGCCCUCUGCCUCUUUGAGAUGCCCACAGGGGUGCCCCUACGGAGGCACUUUGAUUCCAACUUCAGUGGUGGCUUCAACUUCUACGCAGGGCUGAAGGGCCAGGUGCUGGUGCUUCGGACCACGUCGACGGUCUACAAUUACGAUUACAUUUGGGACUUCAUCUUCUAUCCCAAUGGGGUGCUGGAAGCCAAAAUGCACGCCACCGGCUACGUCCACGCCACGUUCUACACUCCCGAGGGGCUGCGCUACGGCUCGCGCCUUCACACUCACCUGAUGGGCAACUUGCACACCCACCUAGUGCACUACCGCAUCGACCUGGAUGUUGCAGGCACCAAGAACAGCUUCCAGACCCUGCAGAUGAAGCUAGAAAACAUCACCAACCCUUGGAGCCCAAGUCACCACCUGGUCCAGCCCACUCUCAAGGAGACGCAGUACCUCCGGGAGCGCCAGGCGGCCUUCCGCUUCGGCCGGACUCUGCCCAAGUAUCUGCUCUUUGCCAGCCCCAAGGAGAAUCCCUGGGGCCACAAGCGCAGCUACCGCCUGCAGAUCCAUUCCAUGGCUGACCAAGUGCUGCCCCCUGGCUGGCAGGAGGAGCGAGCUGUCACCUGGGCCAGGUACCCCCUGGCAGUGACCAAGUACCGGGAGUCCGAGCAGUGCAGCAGCAGCAUCUACAACCAGAACGACCCCUGGGAUCCCCCCGUGGUCUUUGAGGAGUUUCUGCGCAACAAUGAGAACAUUGAGCAUGAGGACUUGGUGGCCUGGGUGACGGUGGGCUUCCUGCACAUCCCCCACUCAGAGGACAUCCCUAACACGUCCACGCCUGGGAAUUCCGUGGGCUUCCUGCUCCGCCCCUUCAAUUUCUUUCCAGAAGACCCGUCCGUGGCAUCGAAAGACACCGUGAUCGUGUGGCCGAGGGCCGAGGGCCCCAACCAUGUGCAGCGCUGGAUCCCCGAGGAUCAGGACUGUUUGAUGCCACCCCCUUUUUCCUUCAACGGGACCUACAGGCCUGUGUGAAGGGUCCCAGCCCGCAGCUCCUAUCAAAAAGCCAGAGGGCCUCACAGGGAUGCAAAAUAAACUUCACAGAGCCCA